AACCACCAUAAGUGUAGAGAGGAAACUACAUGUUUAAAUUUGAACCACCUAUUUCGUAAAAAAACAUAUAUAAAUAGCGACUUUUUUAAACAUAAUCUAGAUUUAAAAUCGGACAAUUUUAAACAUGAGUGCCAAACCAUUUAGAAACAGUAAAGGUGUAAAUAGACCAUUUCGUUCUCCAUUUAGUACUCCUAAAAAUGACAAUACAAAAAAUAAUACAAAUACUCCAGAAUCAAAUACCUGUGAAACACCAUUGAGGGUUUCUGUAUCAAAAAGAUUACUUUUUCAAACACCUCCUACAAAAAAAUUACGUUUAAGUAAUGAGACCUACAUAAACCAAACAGAUGAACAAAAUAAGGAGUUACGUCAGAGUGAUUUGGAUUCACUAAAAAAAAGAAUACAAGAGAAACAAGAGUUAAUUAAUAAUUUGAAAACUACAUUGCUGUAUAAAAAAAAGAACAAAGCUGAAGAUUUAGAAACUGCCAUUAAAAAAUGGACAGAUGCUUGCCAAAAUGCUCUUAGAGAUUAUCAGAAUGAUUUGCAAGAAAGAAAUGGACGAUCUGUGAAGAUGGUUGAAAUUUUAUCUUCAUUAGGAAUAGAACCUAAUACAGUCCAGUUUUACAUUAAUGAUGAUACAUUUCUUUAAAUGUAUAAUCAUAUACUUUGUCCCUUUUUAUACGACAGAGAAAUAAAUAAUUUGAAGUACAAGUUACAAUGUUAUAUUUAUUUAUUAUUUAUUUACAUAUUUAUAAUAAGAUUUCUACGUGAAUAUGAAAAUUAAAUGUAUGAU